CGCAACUCACCUCCUUACUCAAACCCACUAGCAUCUUAGGCCAGCCCCUUUGACAUGUCAGUCAGUCGAAUCCCAGGAGAAUAUGGCGAAAAAGCGUCCAACCUCGAGAAUGUGCCCCCAACGCUGCAGCGCGCGAUCAUGCGCCUCGACUUUCCGCCCUCCUAUGUUGGCGUCGGCAUCUACCGCCUCUGCACCGACCGUGCGCUGAGAGUCGCCGCCUGGGACAAAUGCAAGCACGGCGCUCGAAGGGGCGCUCUCGUUGGGUUUGUCUGGACAUGCCUGACGUAUCCCAUCCAAAGGCGUUUCGUCCAGCUCGCGCUUACCCACCCCGGCUCGAUAUUCUCCUUUUCGUACCUCACUCGGCUUUCCGCAAAGGCGAGCGACAUCUCAGAGGAGACACUCUUGGGUUACAGGCUACCUUUUAGCAUCUCCUCAUACGUCGCCGUUCUAUUCCUCGGCGCACAGGUAACGACUAUCAUCCACUUCUUCCUCGCCAAGAACAUCCGGGUCGCCCGGCAGCGCGCAUGGGACCAGACCGUCGCGUCCCGCGGCAAGGGCCCCGACUUCUGGCAACCCUACGUCGAGGAGUGGGAGUUCCCGCCGAUGGUGAACGAGAAGCGCUGGGGCCGGCUCGACACGAUAGCCAAGACGUGGUUCUGGAAGCUCAUCGUUCAGAAAGUGGUGCUGCUCCCGCUUAGUUUGUACCCUUUCGUCGGGAACUUUAUCGCUGCCGGAUUCAAGGCGUUAAGCACUGCUGAAUAUCUCCAUACACCCUACUUCAAAGCCAAGAACAUGACGCCUCACCAAGUCGCUGUUUUCAUCGAGGAGCGCAAGUGGGACUACAGAGCUUUUGGAUUUGCUGCUGCGUUACUGGAAGGUCUGCCUAUCGUCGGUCUGUUCUUUUCCGUGUCCAACCGGAUUGGCGCCGCCAUGUGGGCACACGACCUCGAGAAGCGCCAGCAUUGGAUCGCCGAGCAGCGUUUGCAUGCACAGGGUGCCAACGGCGCGGACGCAGAAUACGUCACGACCACAGACAAGAAGGUCGACUAGGGUUUUGUUAGCUAGCGUAGAUUCAAGAACAUUCUGUAUCAUUCAAAACAAGGCUAUUGCAAUGUAUAAACCCCC